AUGUCCUCAUAUCCAGAAGACCAACCGCCAUCAUCACAGUUACUUCCCCCGCAAUCAGCUCAAGUACGUGGAUCUAUAUUUGGCGGACCCAGCAAUGCUGUCGAUCCCCCGUCUUCGAGGUCGCUCCGGCCUAGAAGAUCCAUCUUCGGUGGCCCAAGCUCCCAAAAUGUUGUACCGGAGUCAGAACUUCAGUCUGAGCCCAUGAGCGAGAUUGUUGCUGAUGAAGAAGAUGACGACUUGGACUUGACUCUUGGAGAAGAACCCUUAAAUGCCUAUCAUGACUCUUCCGGGGACAGCUCCUAUCAAGAAAGCAGUGACGAGGAAGCUAAAAAGCCUAAAAAAAGAGCCACCUCUGCAAAGUCUUCCUCACCCUUGGCCAGCCAAUCGCAGCCACCUAAAGAAGGAGCGCAGAAGAUAACCUAUGUCCUCCAUCGUGGAAUUGAUCUGCCACCGGGACAAGAGCGUCCAAAUCGGUGGACAGAGUCCCCAUCUCGCUACAGAAGAGCCAUUGAAGGGGAACAAGGUGUUUACGAUGCUUUAAUGGAUUCUCGUGCGCAAGACCUUGCUGCCCACCUUUACAAUACUUAUGUCGCUUACCGACAACCCAAACAACAGGACAACUCCGGCGAUCCUCAGCGCUCAGAGGAGGAAGAGAAGUCCUUCCGCAAAAGAUGGGUAGCGUGGCCUAUGCCUGCCCCUUGGGUUCCUCGUGCAAGCGAAGCUCCUCCCUGCGAGCUGGAUGGCUCUUUCGAGUUCCAGAUGCCAUCUGAUACUCGCCCCAGUGCAGAAUUGGAAGAGUGUGUCAUUGCAACCAUGAUGAAGACCGCCAGGGAAAGGUUCGAGGCUCGCGAAUGGGACGAGUUGAGCGACGAUGAAAACGCGAAAGUUCCCGCAGAGGAAAAUACCCCGGAUCCAGACAUGAUGGAGGUUGAUAACGAUGAAACAAACGACCAAAAUGAGAACGAAGGUCAUCAAAGUGAUUCCGGUAAGAGAAAGAGGCGCAUGCCAAUAAUUUCGGUAGACGACGCCGCCUCUGGCCUUAAAUUACGGCCUCUUUCUCGCACCGCUAUUUCGCACUUAGAUCAGCUGUUAAUGGGGCUGCACCAUUCACUAAAGAAUCGAGGCAGAGAUGUUUAUGAUAGCGAUGACUCCGCCACUGAUACUGAUGAUGAUGGAUCACGAUCACGAUCACGAUCCCGACACAAAGGUCGGAAACGAAGCCACUCGCGUGGUCGGAAGCUAGGUCGUGAGGAUCGACGCUCCGGAAAAGCUUCACGUGAAGUAUCGGGCUUACGAUCAUCUCCACGUACCGAGAGUAAAAGUCACGACCCCAAUGAAAACUCAGAGUCAAUGGAUCGUUCAAGCGCAUUGAUGGUCAAAAUGUUGCAGAGAUUUCCGCUGCGCGACUGGAGCGAAGUCAUGGGCGUCGCUUCAAUGGUGGGCCUGCCACCAAAGGCAGUCAAACGAGCCGCAAAGCGAUGCGCAGAUCUACUUGAACAAGACAUGGCAUUCCGAACAUUCCACGAAGGCCGUAUAGAGAAAGUGGGGCGCUUGCCCAAUCAAACGUGGGAUUAUGACUAUGUUGAAAGCGAAACCGAUGAUGAGAACGACAUUGAAUCAGGCCGACCUCACAAGCGCAGGACUCAAAGUAGGAAUAGUUCCAGGGGCGCUACGCGAUCGCCAUCACGACAACCCCAUGCUGCUUCAGCUGUGGUUCCAGCUGUCAUUCCAGCACCCCCGCCAGUAUCGGUCUCUCUUCCUGGUUCUUCAAAUCAAAAGACGGCACAGAAACCCACUCCAGCCAGACAGCCCGGUUUUGAAAAUAGUUCUCGUCGACAGGGGGUCCUUUUCUGUCCGUUCUCUUCCUGCAGCCGCAGCCAGAAAGGCUUCUCAAGGACGUGGAAUUACAAUCAACACAUGAAAAAUCGACAUCCUCAUGCUGAAGGUUGA